GGGGAAAAAAAGAAUCGAAGCUUGAAUAAUAGUAAAUCUCGGCUUGUGGAAGAACCCUAAUCCCUUUCUCAACUUUCUCGAUUUUUAUCUCGCAGAGAACGGAGCCCUUCCCGAUUCGCUACUAUGUCUCAGGUUGAUAACCGGAACCCAUCUGCUGGCAAGAGGGCCAGAACCGAUGGUGGUCGACGAGAAGAUGAUUGGACUUGUCCUAGUUGUGGUAAUGUUAAUUUCUCAUUCAGGACAACCUGCAAUAUGCGCAAUUGUACUCAGCCAAGACCUGCAGACCAUAAUGGGAAGUUUGCACCAAAGUCUAUGCAAGCUCCUCCACCCUAUGCUCCAGCUGGUUAUGUAGGUUAUGGUACUCCAUCUUCUAUGUAUCUUCGCACUCCACCAUAUGGAUCUUCUGUUUUCAAUGGUCAUCCAUUGCCUCCAUAUGACAUGCCUUUCUCUGGAGGUUCUGCUUACCUGUAUGAGUAUGGUAAUCGUCUUUCUGUGGGGAGUCCAUAUGGGCCUUUACAUCUGUCUGGUCCUUAUUCCGCUGGACCUAUGAUGGGAGCAGGUGGUGGUGGGUAUGGUAUGCCGCCGCCUAUGGUGGAUAGGUAUGGCUUGGGUUUGCGUGUUGACCAUGGUCCAAUGGGUCCUAGAUCUGGAGCAUAUCCUGAAGAGAGUUCACAGAAGAAGAAUGCAGGUGAAGGGCGUGAGAAUGACUGGAAAUGCCCAAAUUGUGGCAACAAUAAUUUCUCAUUUCGAACUGUCUGUAACAUGAGGAAGUGUAACACCCCGAGGCCUGGAAGCCAGGGUUUCAAAUCAGAAAAUUCAAAAGGUUCAAAACCAAAAAUGCCAGAGGGAAGUUGGAAGUGUGAAAAGUGCAACAAUAUAAACUAUCCAUUCCGAACCAAGUGUAACCGACAAAAUUGUGGUGCAGAAAAGCCAUCAGAAUCACAUUCUCCAGGGCCGUCAUCCAAUGAGGAUGAUCAGUGAGUCCUAGGACUAUUAUGUGGGUCGAGAAGGUUCGAAGUCUUCGUCAGCGUCGCACACUUGAUUGUCUAUGGUCAGUCGUGUCCUAUAGUUGCGGCCAUCCAUAUGAGUUUCUCCACCCUCUUGAUCUAAGUCGAGGAUAUAGUAAGGUUAACAUUUUUGCAAGUUUGCAUCUGGUAUCUUGGCUUGUAUUGGUCUUUCAUGAAAAAUAUUUACAUAUCUAGCCUGGUCCAGUUAUCGUACGUGCUUGUCGGUUCGACUGGUUAAUGUUUCGUGAGAACCUUUGUUUAGUUCAGUUCUGUUGCGUUGUGUUGAAUUGUUUCUGAGAUCCUCUAGUAACUAAUAUAUCUGGAUGGUACCCCUUCGUUUGCUUUA